CACCUCAACUAUAACCCUAUUAUUAAAACGACAUCACCCACCACCACCAUCGCCAAAACCUUGUGUACAACAAAACUGCACAUCAACUGUAUGUAUACGUGUAUAUGUGAGAGAUCAUAAAAGGUAAGGUGAUAGAUCACAUGGAGAAGAGAGAAAAAGGUAGUGUUGUUGGGAGCUCGCCAAUUGCUUUGAUGGGUUCAGGCGGCGUCGAGACGGAGGAGGUGAGUGGUGGGUUGCGCAGUGCGGAGACGAUGCUGAGGUUGGUGCCUGUGGCUCUAUGUGUUUCUGCGCUGGUUGUCAUGCUUAAGAGCUCUGAGAGUAGUGAUUUUGGGUCGGUUUCAUACUCUGACCUUGGCGCUUUCAGGUAUUUAGUUCAUGCAAAUGGCAUAUGCGCAGGCUACUCCCUUCUCUCAGCUAUCAUCGCAGCCAUGCCUCGCCCUCCCACCAUGCCCCGAGCCUGGACUCUCUUCUUCCUUGAUCAGGUGCUAACGUAUGUAAUUCUGGGUGCGGGAGCAGUGGCAACAGAGGUGGUGUACCUGGCUCACAAGGGUGACACGGCCAUAGCCUGGAGUGAAGCCUGUGGUACUUUCGGUGGGUUCUGCCACAAGGCUACGGCGUCGGUCAUCAUCACCUUUGUGGUUGUUGCUUUCUACGCCGUGCUUUCCCUAAUUUCAUCCUACAAGCUUUUCAGCAAAUUCGAUGCGCCCAUGGCCACACCCAUCAAGGGUUUGGAAGUUACCACCUUUGGAGCUUGACUUCUACUUACCCUACUAUAUUACCUACUCAUCAUCUUUCACCACCCUGAUGUAAUAAUAAAGUAAAAGACUAGGUCUAGUUUAAUUUGUGUUUUAACAGGUGUGCUUUUAAUUUGUAUCUUGUAUGAUUAAAUGCUACUAAAUACAUGCAUGUGUUUGUACUUUCGUGUUUUUUGACCUUGUACGUACAUGUAUCAGUUUGAUUUAAUGUGUCUUGGAUAA